AUGGUGAAACGGAAAUCCGACGACAGCGCGCCCUUGCUGUGGAAAAAUGCCAAACUGCAAUGCCAAGUUAUUCACGACAGUAACGUUACCGACACUCACCCGCUGCACUCAACGUACUCACCACCAUUAUCUCUAGCUUGCGAAACGAGCAGUGCUGUCCCCGAAGAUAUUAAUUACGACAGCGAUGGCAGGAUUAAUAGCAGUGCUGCUCCUAACAGCCCUGAAGCUGACGAUGGCGAGACAACAACCGCAGCGAACGAAAGCGAAAAUAAUAAAGACACCGCUACAAUUAAAGGCUCUUACAGCAUCUUUAUGAUAGCUUGGGAGGAUGCCAAUGGUGAAAAAAAGCAGAUGAAAGAGAUAAAAGGCACUGAGCUUACAUUAAACAUGGAUACCUCGGCCAAUACAGCAAUGUUUAAGCUUUCUACCUAUAUUACUCUAAAAACCAGCAGGCGCAAUAGUAAUAAGCAACGGGUUUAUCUACUUAUACCCCCUGAGCGGAUCAACACUAUAACAACCAAAAUCUCCCCCCAUAGGCGAUCAACAGCAGCAGAUGUGCCCGAUGAUUAUGCACUGCAUUUCUCUUUAACACAAAAGCCUGAUUUCAUAGGCCCUCGCAUUCACCAUAUUGAAUCCAAGCGCGGAACACAAGAACAGCUGGCUUUAAUUCAACGCCUCGCUACGAUUACCGAGUUUACUAUCCAUCUCACCAGCUCUGAUGCUAUCGCACGUAGACGAAAAGAUUUUGAGCUAAUUACGACUAUAUUUUCUCUCGAGAAUCCUAAAAAUCGUCCAUACAAAGAUAAAAAGCAUGGAGAUCUUGCCACGCUGUAUGCAGGCAAGGGAGGCAAGGUUAUUAACAUGGACGAAGGUCUUGCGCAUGCUGAAGCAAGCCUGCCUCCAUAUCCUGGCAGAUUUCUCCGUUCUCCAAUACGUUCUCCUCCAUCACGUUCAAAAAAACGCCGACUUGCUUCUAAUGAACUCCAACGACCUAAUCUCAACAAUGCCAUUCUCAAGCUACAUGCUUCAACCAGUGACAAUCAUACUCGCUUUGAUAAUUCUGAUGAUCAAUAUGUGGACGAAAAACGCCGACGUCCUUCUGAUGAACGCCGACGACCCCAUUCCGAUGUUAAUGAUGACCCUCACAGGUUGUCUUUACUCCAUAGCAUUCAAACCAGCCUUGGUGGCCUUCAUACUCGUCUUGAUGAUAUCGAAAAUCAAUCCAGAACUCGUCAUGAGGACCUUCAUACUCGGCUUGAUGAUAUCGAAAAUCAAUAUAAAACUCGCUUUAAUACAAUAGAGAAAUCUCUUGGGCAAAUUAUGGAUACACUGGAGAACCUAGAUGCUAUCCAUACCCCAUGUCGAUAUAAUUCAGUUGAGAAGGACUCUAUUGGCUCUAUUAUACAAAGGGUGGAUGAAAGCCAUGACGAUUUUUUAACCGAGUUUAACUGGAAAUUUUCCGACGCAAUUGAGGAUCUGAAGAAACAACGUAUUAAAGGGGUGACUGCAAUUAGUGAAGAGUACACAGAGACUGCAGCGAAACUGGAUGACAAAGUAAUUUCUCUUAGGAAGGCGUUACAAAACGCAAGCGACGCCCUGAGCGAGUUUUCUUAAUGAAGUUAUGGAUUAUAAUUGCCUCAGGAUAAUACCGUAGUGAAUUUUCCUCUUUCUUUCAAUGUAAUUCGUCAUUUACCUCUGUGAAAAGGCUGCUACUUAUAUGCUCCGUAGGUUUUCGGGUUUGCUGUCUGGCU